CAGUGAAGAUCUUUCUUUUUCACGAGUUCACGGAGCCCACCGGUUCUGCCCGCUGGGAGGGAUUUAACGCACACCGCAACGGGAAGACAGAGCUAUAGAUUAAGAAAGGCCACAAACCUAAGCACAGCAGCGAGAGAGAGAGAGGGAGCGGUCGUCCAACAGACUCCACCUCUAAACCCCAGCCAGUGAACGGAGAGACCCGACGGCAUAAAAAUGAGUGGUUCCCACCUCCGCCAACACCAGUCGGCCCAGCCUGCAUUCAACGCCCUUUCCCCGGACAAAGAAGCAGACAUGCCUGCUACAGAGAAGGACCUUGCCGAGGACGCGCCGUGGAAGAAGAUCCAACAGAACACGUUCACCCGCUGGUGUAACGAGCAUCUGAAAUGCGUCAACAAACGAAUCGCCAAUCUCCAGACGGACCUGGGCGACGGGCUGCGCCUGAUCGGACUCCUGGAGGUGUUGAGCCAGAAGAAGAUGUUCAGGAAAUACAACCAGCGGCCCACUUUCCGACAGAUGCAGCUCGAGAACGUCUCGGUGGCACUCGAGUUCCUAGACAAGGAGAACAUCAAGCUGGUGUCCAUAGACUCCAAGGCCAUAGUGGAUGGUAACCUGAAGCUGAUCCUUGGCAUGGUGUGGACGCUGAUCCUCCACUACUCCAUCUCCAUGCCCAUGUGGGACGAGGAGGAGGAGGGGGGUGACGGCCAGCAGAAGACCCCGAAACAGAGACUUCUGGGAUGGAUCCAGAACAAGCUACCAGAGAUCCCAAUCCACAACUUCAGCAGAGACUGGCAGAGUGGCAGAGCACUGGGGGCACUGGUCGACAGCUGUGCUCCGGGCCUGUGCCCUGAUUGGGACCAGUGGGACCAGACUAAACCAGUGGACAACGCCCGUGAGGCCAUGCAACAGGCUGAUGACUGGCUGGGUAUCCCUCAGGUGAUAACCCCAGAGGAGAUCGUUGACCCUAAUGUAGAUGAACAUUCCGUGAUGACAUACCUGUCCCAGUUCCCCAAGUCCAAACUGAAGCCUGGCGCACCCCUCCGCCCCAAACUGAACCCCAAGAAGGCCCGCGCAUACGGACCAGGUAUAGAGCCAGUAGGUAACGUUGUGAUGAAGAAGGCGGUCUUCACAGUGGAGACCAUCAGUGCUGGAAUGGGAGAGGUCCUAGUGUAUGUAGAGGACCCUGCCGGACACAAAGAGGAGGCCAAGGUGACAGCCAACAACGAUAAGAAUCGUACCUACUCAGUCUUCUACAUUCCCAAAGUCACUGGGAUGCACAAGGUGACUGUGCUGUUUGCGGGGCUACACAUCAAUAAGUCUCCUUAUGAGGUGGAUGUGGGGAUGGCUCAGGGAGACAGCAGUAAAGCUACAGCCCAGGGACCUGGACUAGAACCUGCCGGGAACAUCGCCAAUAAGACCACAUACUUUGAUGUCUACACCGCAGGUGCUGGUGUGGGAGAGGUGGAGGUGGUGAUCAUGGACCCAGCGGGUAAGAAGGACGUGGUGGUGUGUCAGAUAGAGGAUAAGGGCAACAGUUCGUACCGCUGCACCUACAAACCCACCCUGGAGGGGGCCCACACCAUCUACGUUACCUUCGCUGGAGGACAAAUCAGCAAGAGCCCCUUCACUGUUAACAUAGGAGAGGCUUGUAACCCCAGCCUGGUUCGGGCUAAGGGGCGUGGUCUGCAGCCCAAAGGCCUCAGGGUGAAGGAGACGGCUGACUUCAGAGUCUUCACUAAAGGAGCUGGGACUGGAGAACUCAAAGUCACCAUCAAGGGCCCCAAGGGUCUGGAGGAGCCCUGUAAGAGGAAAGAUCUAGGAGACGGAGUGUUUGGGUUUGAGUACUACCCCACCACCCCCGGAACAUACAGUAUAACCAUCACCUGGGGAGGACAACACAUCCCUCGCAGCCCGUUGGAGGUGAAGAUUGGUUUGGAGGCGGGUCCACAGAAGGUGCGAGCAUGGGGGCCCGGCCUGGAGAGCGGCAUUGUGGGUAAAUCUGCCGACUUCGUGGUCGAAGCUGUUGGAGAGAAUGUGGGAACACUGGGUUUCUCAGUGGAGGGUCCGUCCCAGGCGAAGAUCGAGUGUGAUGAUAAGGGCGACGGGUCAUGUGACGUGCGGUACUGGCCAAUGGAAGCAGGAGAGUAUGCGGUGCAUGUGCUCUGUAACAACGAGGACAUCCAGCACUCUCCCUUCAUGGCUGAAAUCACUGCUGCUCUAAACAAGGACUACUACCCUGAUAAGGUGAAGGCGUAUGGCCCAGGCCUACAGAGCAGCGGUCUUGCUGUGGGGAAACCCACUGAGUUCACCGUUGACGCCAAGCUGGGAGGGAAUGCUGCCCUCAACAUCCUGGCACAGGAUGGUGAGGGAACCCCAGUAGAUGUCCAGGUGAAGGAUAACGGAAAUGGAACGUACACCUGCAGUUACACCCCCAAGAAACCCCUCAAACACACUGUCAUGGCGUCCUGGGGCGGGGUCAACAUACCGGACAGUCCCUUCAGGAUGACUAUCGGGGCAGGCUGCCACCCUAACAAGGUGAAGGUGUCAGGUCCUGGUGUGGCUAAAACAGGGCUGAAGGCAUUUGAACCAACAUUCUUCACUGUGGACUGUGCUGAGGCAGGUCAAGGUGACAUCAGUAUUGGUAUAAAGUGCUCUCCAGGUGUGGUGGGACCGGCGGAGGCAGACAUCGACUUCGACAUCAUCAGGAACGACAACGACACGUUUACCGUUAAAUACACUCCGCCAGGCGCCGGUAGUUACACCAUCAUGGUGCUGUUUGCUGACCAGACCAUCCCCAUGACUCCCAUCAGGAUCAAAGUUGACCCAUCACACGACGCCAGCAAGGUCAAGGCCGAGGGACCUGGACUCAACCGCAGUGGUGUGGAGUUGACCAAGCCGACCCACUUCACAGUAAACACCAAGGCUGCAGGUAAAGCCAAGCUGGACGCGGUGUUCUCCGGCCCGGUUAAAGGAGAGGUUGUUAAGGACUUUGAGAUCAUUAACAACCAUGACAACACUCACACGGUCAAGUACACCCCCAUCCAGCAGGGGCCUCUGGGAGUGGCCGUCACCUACGGAGGAGAUUCUAUUCCCAAGAGCCCCUUCUCCAUCCCUGUGGCUCCAAGCCUCGACCUCAGCAAGAUACAAGUUGAUGGACUGGGAGACAAGAUAACAGUGGGUAAGGACCAGGAAGUGACCGUGAAGUCCAAGGGAGCAGGAGGCCAGGGGAAGGUGGGAGCUAAGGUUACAGGGCCCUCUGGGAAACCUGUCACCUGCAAGGUGGAACCGGGGCUUAAACCAGAGACCAGUCAGGUGAAGUUUAUCCCUCGAGAGGCGGGGCCAUACCAGGUGGAGCUGACCUAUGACUGCGCUCCCAUCCCAGGAUCCCCUUUCAAACCCACCGCCUACCCCCCUACUGAUGCCACCAAGGUGAAGUGUUCUGGCCCAGGGUUGGAGCGUGCCAAGGUGGGAGAGACUGGGGAGUUUGUGGUGGACUGUACCAACGCAGGUCCAGCUGAGCUGACCAUAGAGAUCAUCAGUGACAGCGGGACAGAGGCAGAGGUCCACAUCCAGGAUAACGGAGACGGAACCUACACCAUCACCUACAUCCCCCUGUACCCCGGCUCCUACACCCUCACCAUCCGCUACGGGGGGCAGGAUGUACCCAACUUCCCCGCCCGCCUCACAGUGGAGCCGGCCGUCGACGCCAGUGGAAUCCGCGUGUUCGGACCGGGAGUGGAGGGCAAAGGCGUGUUCCGCGAGGCGACCACAGACUUCACGGUAGACGCCAGAGCUCUGAACCAGACGGGAGGGAACCACAUCAAGACCGUGAUCCAGAACCCAUCUGGAUCCGUUACCGACGCGGUCAUCACCGACCGCCGUGAUGGCACCUACAACGUAGAGUACACUCCCUACGAAGAGGGUCCCCACAGUGUAAAGGUGGCGUACGAUGAGUCUCCAGUUCCCAAGAGUCCGUUCCGCGUGGCGGUGACAGAGGGUUGUGACCCGGGGCGUGUACGUGCACAUGGACCCGGCUUGGACAGUGGCAUCACCAACAAAGCCAACAAGUUCACUGUGGAAACCCGUGGUGCGGGUACAGGUGGUCUGGGUCUGGCUGUAGAGGGCCCAUCCGAGGCUAAGAUGUCCUGCACCGACAACAAGGAUGGCAGCUGCAGCGUAGAGUACAUUCCCUACGAGGCUGGAACGUAUAACCUCAACAUCACCUACGGAGGACAGCCCAUCGCUGGCAGUCCAUUCCAGGUUCCUGUCAGUGACACGGUGGACAGUUCUAAGGUGAAGUGCCAGGGGGUGGGGCUUGGAACCAACGUGCGUGCCAACAUUCCACAGGCCUUCACAGUGGACGCCUCUAAAGCAGGAGUCGCCCCUCUACAAGUCAGAGUACAGGGACCCAAAGGUGUAGUGGAGCCAGCAGAGUUAGUGGAUAAUGGAGACCAGACUCACACUGUGAACUACAUCCCGACCAGAGAGGGACCUUACUCUAUCAACGUACUGUAUGCUGACCAAGAGAUCCCACGCAGUCCCUACAAGGUGAAAGUGUUGCCUACCCAUGAUGCCAGCAAGGUGCGCGCCAGCGGCCCCGGUCUCAACACCACCGGAGUGCCCGCCUCUCUGCCUGUCGAGUUCACCAUCGACGCCAAGGAUGCAGGAGAGGGGCUGCUCGCCGUGCAGAUCACUGACCCCGAGGGGAAGCCUAAGAAGGCCAGUAUCCGUGACAACCAGGACGGGACUUACCUGGUGUCGUAUGUACCUGACAUGACUGGUCGUUACACCAUCCUGAUAAAGUAUGGAGGGGACGAGAUCCCUUAUUCCCCCUACCGCAUCAGGGCUCUACCUACUGGGGACGCCAGCAAAUGUACUGUCACAGUGUCAAUCGGCGGCCACGGCCUGGGAGCCGGUGUGGGUCCAACCAUCCAGAUCGGAGAGCAGACUGUCAUUACUGUGGAUGCAAAGGCUGCUGGGAAAGGAAAGGUUACGUGCAGUGUGUGUACCCCAGAAGGGGUGGAGUUAGAUGUAGACGUGGUGGAGAAUGAGGAUGGAACCUUUGAUAUCUUCUACACUGCCCCCCAGCCUGGAGAUUACUGUAUCUGCGUUCGCUUUGGAGGGGAACUCAUCCCCAACAGCCCCUUCCUGGUCACGGCAUUGGAAGGAGCCCCUUCAGAUCAGCUCCUCCAACAGCAACAACUACCACAGUACUACAGUCAACAGCCCUGGGCAACAGACCGGCCAAUGGGAAUGAAUGGUUUGGACGUGGCGGGACUCCGGCCGUUUGACCUGGUUAUCCCCUUCACCAUCCAAAAAGGAGAGAUCACAGGUGACGUGCGCAUGCCCUCGGGUAAGACGGCCAAGCCGGACAUCACCGACAAUAAGGACGGAACGGUAACGGUUAAAUACGCUCCGACUGAGGCCGGCCUGCACGAGAUGGACAUCAAAUACGACGGGAUACACAUCCCUGGUAGUCCACUCCAGUUCUAUGUGGACUAUGUGAACAGUGGGAACGUCAGUGCAUAUGGACCGGGCCUGAUCCACGGGACCGUCAACAAACCUGCCAUGUUCACCGUCAACACCAAGGACGCAGGAGAGGGCGGUCUGUCUCUGGCCAUCGAGGGUCCUUCUAAAGCUGACAUCAGCUGUGUGGAUAACCAGGAUGGAACAUGCUCUGUGUCCUACCUGCCUGUCCUACCUGGGGACUACAGCAUCCUGGUCAAAUACAAUGACAAACACAUCCCUGGCAGCCCCUUCUCAGCCCACAUCACAGGUGACGACUCUAUGAGGAUGUCCCAUCUGAAGGUGGGCUCUGCUGCUGACAUCCCAUUGGACAUUGGCGAGCUGGACCUGAGUCAGCUGACGGCGUCUCUGACCACGCCCUCCGGCCGAGAGGAACCCUGCCACCUCAAGAUGCUUCGCAACGGGCACGUCGGCAUCUCGUUUGUUCCCAAGGAGAUCGGGGAGCACCUGGUGAACAUCAAGAAGAACGGACGCCAUAUUCCCAGCAGCCCCAUCGCCGUGAUGAUCAGCCAAUCGGAGAUUGGUGACGCCAGUCGGGUGCGAGUGACUGGCCAGGGCCUCAGUGAGGCCAAAACCUUUGAACCUGCCGAGUUCAUCAUCGACACACGCGAAGCAGGCUAUGGGGGUCUGAGUCUGUCCAUCGAGGGCCCCAGUAAGGUGGACAUUAACACUGAGGACCAGGAGGAUGGCACCUGUAAGGUCACCUACUGCCCUACUGAACCAGGAAACUACAUCAUCAACAUAAAGUUCGCCGACCAACACGUACCAGGGAGUGCGUUCACGGUGAAGGUGACAGGAGAAGGGAGGAUGAAGGAGAGCAUCACCAGGAAGAAGAGGGCAGCGUCUGUUGCUAACGUGGGCAGCCAGUGUGACCUCAGCCUCAAGAUCCCAGAGAUCAGCAUAGCAGACAUGGUGGCCCAGGUGACCAGUCCGUCUGGUCAGGUCCAGGAGGCUGACAUCAUGGAGGGGGAGAACAACACCUACUGCAUCCGCUUUGUUCCCACGGAGACCGGCGUGCACACAGUGUGUGUGAAGUAUGCGGGCGUGCACGUGCCCGGCAGCCCCUUCCAGUUCACAGUGGGGCCCCUGGGAGAAGGAGGAGCCCACAAGGUCCGCGCUGGGGGGCCCGGGCUGGAGAGGGCAGAGGCUGGAGUACCAGCUGAGUUCAGUAUCUGGACGCGGGAGGCAGGUGCAGGGGGUCUCAGCAUUGCGGUGGAGGGGCCCAGUAAAGCAGAGAUCACCUUCGAGGACCGCAAGGACGGAUCCAGUGGAGUAUCCUACAUGGUCCAGGAGUCAGGAGACUAUGAGGUGUCUAUCCGUUUCAACGAGGAGCACAUCCCUGACAGUCCCUUCGUGGUUCCCGUGGCGUCGCCCUCUGAUGACGCCAGACGACUCACUGUUGCCAGUCUUCAGGAGUCCGGGUUGAAGGUCAAUCACCCAGCAUCCUUUGCUGUGAGCCUGAACGGAGCGAAGGGACAGAUUGACGCUAAAGUCCACAGCCCCUCUGGAGCCCUGGAGGGCUGCUGUGUUACUGAGCUAGACCAAGAUAAGUAUGCUGUCCGAUUCAUUCCCAGAGAGAACGGUCUGUAUCUGAUCGAUGUGAAGUUCAACGGCAGCCACAUCCCCGGCAGCCCCUUCAAGAUCAGGGUCGGGGAGACGGGACAGGCUGGAGACCCAGGCAUGGUGACCGCAUACGGAGCUGGAUUAGAGGGAGGAACCACUGGUACAGCCUGUGAGUUCGUGGUUAACACCAGUAAGGCGGGCCCUGGGGCCCUGGCGGUGACCAUCGAUGGCCCCUCCAAGGUGAAGAUGGACUGUGUUGAGUGUCCGGAGGGUUACAAGGUGACCUACACCCCCAUGGCUCCAGGAAACUACUUAAUUUCCAUCAGAUACGGAGGACCUUACCACAUCGUAGGAUCCCCCUUCAAGGCCAAGAUCACUGGCUCCAAGCUGGUCAGUAGCCAUAGUAACCACGAGACGUCCAGUGUCAUGGUCGACCCCGUUACUCGCCAGGUUAGCUCUUCCCACCAGGGAGCUCCCAGCCAAUCGGACGCCAGCUGUGUGACAGCCAAGGGUCUCGGCCUAUCAAAGGGCUUUAUCGGCCAGAAGAACAACUUCAGCGUCGACUGCAGCAAAGCAGGUCGUAACAUGCUGUUGGUGGGUGUGGACGGGCCCAGGGUUCCCUGUGAGGAGGUACUGGUGAAGCACCUUGGGAACCGUGUCUAUAACAUCAGCUACCAGCUCAAGGAGAAGGGAGAGUACAUCCUGGUAGUGAAGUGGGGAGAACAACACAUCCCUGGCAGCCCCUACCACAUCACUGUCUAGACCAAUCAGAUUCGACUCCAUUACUGUCUAGAGGCCAAUCAGAACCCUCCAAACUAGCCCUUUUGUCUUCAUAGCAAUGAGAGAUUUACAACCCAGACAAUAACGCAUAAACACUGAAUAUUCUUCUUCAUUCCUCUCCUCCCAUCACUAUCAUCCUCCCAUCACUAUCAUCCUCCCAUCCUCCCAUCACUAUCAUCCUCCCAUCACUAUCAUCCCCCAUCACUAUCAUCCUCCAUCACUAUCAUCCUCCAUCACUAUCAUCCUCCAUCACUAUCAUCCUCCAUCACUAUCAUCCUCCAUCACUAUCAUCCUCCCAUCACUAUCAUCCUCCCAUCACUAUCAUCCUCCCAUCACUAUCAUCCUCCCAUCACUAUCAUCCUCCCAUCACUAUCAUCCUCCCAUCACUAUCAUCCUCCCAUCACUAUCAUCCUCCCAUCACUAUCAUCAUCCCCAUCACUAUCAUCCUCCCCCCCAUCACUAUCAUCCCCCAUCACUAUCAUCCUCCCAUCACUAUCAUCCUCCCAUCACUAUCAUCCCCCCUCCCCUCACCUAUCAUAAUCAUUAGUACCGUAGUCAUAGAGAGGGGAAACAUGCACCUUUUUAUUACUGUAAAAUAGCUUAGCAACAUGUACCUUCCUUUCCCCACGCAGUGUUUAGCUGUGGGCUAGUGAUAGCCUAGCGUAUGGUAGCAUAGUGUAUUGGUAUAGGGGUUAGCCUAGCCUAGCAGAGCAUAGUAUAUUGGUAUGAGAAUAGCCUAAUGCUAGUCCAGUGUGUUCAUAAUGCUAAUUCUAAAAUGUUUAAGGGAAAGUGGGAUACCUUGUCAGUUAAGCUGCUGCUACUGUGGCUUGGUGUUAGCUCGUCUUAACCAUAACAAUAAUGAAAGGGCUUAUAGGUUAAACUGUUAGUAUAGGGUUUAUGACACGUUAAUAACAAAUGAACUGUUAGUGAUGCUAGAGUAGCCGGCUCCUAUAACUUCACACUUGUUUUAGAGGUGCGACUAGCACCACUGCAGCGACUGACCCAGUUAGAACGGUGUCUUUUACAGCAUAUUGACUAGAUUAAAGUAUUACUAAUUAUAGUGUGAUGUCCAUGUCACUAGUAGUAUGAUUAACUGUAGUGUGGAAGUGAUGUCCAGAUACUAGUAUUGAAUAAAAACUGUCACGGUAAUAGCUGUAAUAUUACUAGCAGUGAAUAUGAGGAAAGUGUUGGAUGGAGCGAUGAGCAAAAUGCAUAAAGAACAAAUGUUACCUUGUGUUCCUGCUAAAUGUUCUAACCCCCCCCCCCCCCCCCUGCUCUUUAGCUUUGUUACGCAGUAUUCCAGAAUAAAAUAACCUAGUCUGUUAAAGGGCUUUAAAGUGUUGUAAAAGACAGUAUUUUGAUCCACAAUAAAGAUUGUCUUGAAGGA